GCAGCAGGUUGGUCCUGGAGCAGAUGAGCGCAGAAUAUUUAGGCGAAAGCGAGGGGAGGGGGGAGCGCGGGGCAGGAGGAGUACCUCGGCCAAGAAAAUUAUGCAUGCGUUAGGCAAGCUCUGAGAGAAUGGCUGUGGAAGCUCUCCACUGUGGUUUGAAUCCGCGGGGUAUUGAUCACCCUGCCCAUGCCGACGGAAUUAAACUGCAAAUUGAAGGCGAAGGUGUAGAAUCUCAAUCCAUUAGGAACAGAAAUUUCCAGAAGGUACCUGACCAAAAAGGAACCCCCAAGAGACUUCAGGGAGAAGCUGAGACAGCAAAGUCAGCAACAGUGAAGCUGUCAAAACCAGUGGCCCUGUGGACCCAGCAGGAUGUCUGCAAGUGGCUGAAGAAACACUGUCCAAAUCAGUAUCAGAUCUACAGUGAGUCAUUCAAACAACAUGACAUAACUGGGCGAGCCCUGCUGAGACUCACAGACAAGAAACUGGAGCGCAUGGGGAUCUCCCAGGAGAACCAGCGACAGCACAUCCUGCAGCAGGUGCUCCAACUGAAGGUUCGGGAAGAAGUCAGAAACCUGCAGUUACUCACACAAGGAUUUCCAGUCUCUCCUGAGUCUCAUUGUCCAGUUGCUAUAAAGGAAACUUUUCCCCUCUGACCCUUGUCUUCUCAGCAGCUCAUGAUGGUCUCGGCAGAGUAUUCUCCAUAAUCAUAUGAGCCUUGCAAGCUGCUGUCCUGCCAGUGGAAAUGAGCAUAGCCUGUUCCCCAGAGAAAGACUUACUCAUGGCCCUGCCAGAAGAGAUCCUUGGAGCACUGACAGAUUAACCGGAUCAACUGAGAAAACUCCUAUUCAGUCAAGAUUAUGGAUUUUGUGAGGGAAAAAUAUCUUAGUUCGCUGUGGAUUUUCAAAUGAGGUGCAUAACAUUCAGUGCCAACUCAUUCCAAGUGGCCAUUGGCAGACCAUUAGCUGGAAAUUGGCUUCCAGUUUUCAUCACUGUGCAUAACUCAAGUUCCCCUUGGGCUCCAUCUGUGCCCUUCACUACAAGUCCUGUUUUAGCAUGGCAACCACUGGAUUAUUUUAUUAAGUGUGCAGAUGGCAUGAUGUUCUAGAAAAAAAAUACAAGAGUUCUGCAAUCUCAGUGGAAGGGUUCAAAGUAGUAUGCCCUGGUAGGAAUGUAAACAUGUCUAGAUGAUAUUAGUGACAAUGUCCAAAGGUGUUCUGUCCAAUGCUGCAGCACUUUAUAUAAGAACACUACACUGAGAUAAAAUAGCACAUUUGAUACAUGUAGGAAAGCAAGUGUUUUCUCUUUUCUUUAUAAACCUUGUCUUAUUUCUGGCUCAGACUGUCCAAUACCAACUCUGCUCCUAGUAUCCUCACAGUUGUUUGUGGUAGCUCAGUGUAAAUAUGGCCACAAUACUGUUAGACUUCACCUGUUGACACUUAACUGGAUACCUGGAUUACUUAUAGCACAAAGGGAAGUAGACCCAAGCCUGGUCUUUGUACCCAGGCACAACUUAACACAUGAUAUAAGGACACUCUGUACUGGAUGCUUCUCUUUGGCUAAUGUACACAUACCCUUGUCGCAUAGAGGAGAUCUUCCACACAAACAAGAGGAUGGCCUUCUUUCCAUCAGAGACCAUUGUGGAUUGCUGCCAAGGGCAGCAGAUUGCAAUCUUCCCUUAGUGGUUCCACUUCCACACUUAGGAAAUCUUCCCAAGGUCAAGUUUAAGUCACAGUUCUGGAGAGAAGCCACAAAUGACCUCCACUGUGUGCCUAGAGAAACAACACAUUCAGCCCACACAAGGUUUCUUCCUCAGCAUGGAAAAUAUUCUUCCUUUUAAUACCUCCUGGAAUGUAUAUAUGACUUAUUUUUGUUUAAUUCUAAAAACAAAGCACAGUCCUGGGAAACAGGUCCAUUGGAUGAUGGGUUACUUGAACACUAGGGAAGUGUUCAUUCCUAUGGAUUGCUCCCUUGUGAUACAUUAGCAUUUUUUCCCCAGAAAUAGAAAUUUGACUGAACCAAAAACUCAGAAAAGUAUAUUAUGAGUACUCCUUAAACUAACACAAGACCAAGAGGAAUCAGAGACUAAUCUUUAAAAUAGGUGUAACAAUCAGAAACCCUCCCAUAAGCAACCAAGACAUGGCAUGCUGUCUCCAAUCAUUGCAAGCAUUCAUUGUCUCUUCCCACUUGUGAUCUCAAGAAGUGGAAAGAGCUGAGUGUGAUACACAUAGGUUAUCUCUCUACAGCAUUGCUCCUGUCAGGAUGUGGGGCUAGAGAAGGGGCUUCUAAGAGUUAAGUCAGAGAAAUGAUUGUUACCAUGAGACCUGGACGUUUUACCCCUCAGAUCACCACCAGAACCAUCUAAGCCACCAUGAAUCACAAGUCUCCAAGAAGCUGAAAUUGAUCAUCCAAACCCAGGCUGCCGACAUUCCUCACCUAUGACCCAUCCAUUUACCUUAGUUUCCACAGCAGAAUUUACAUGCCUUCCAUUCCUUCUUUUCAUUCAGAAGGCAUCUGCUGAGGAAAUCCACCAUGUGCCAAGAACUGUACUGGGUCCACCCUAGUAUACAAGGCAUAUUCUUCCUGCUUCUAUUGAAUCAUUUCUUUUUCUCAAGCACUCCCCUCUUUUCCCACGGUGCAAACUGAAUUGAGACACCCACACUCAUCCCUUUCACCUUGCCACAGAAACAUAGGAAAAUGUUCAUGGCAGACAGCAGGUAGAUCUCUUGCUUGAAUGAGUGGGCAGCUUCAUAGCACAUAAAGAAUCUUGCUAAACAGCCAUCUAAGUUGAUCAGAGCUUCUCUCAGCAGCUCUUACUUUCUUUGAUGCCCACCCCAGUCCCUAUACUUCCAUUCUUUCUAUAGACACUACUAUUUAUCACUAUGCUGGAUUCUCUGAAAUGCCAAUUCCAUAACUACUCCUAAAGUCCCAGAAUUGGUUCUAAUGAAUCCUAUAAAUCCUGCCAGGUGCUGAGAUAGUGUAGCUGGGAAUUAACCGGUGUAGAAAGUGAUAUUCUGAGACUCCUGCUAACAUCCUUGGAAAACUGAACUCACAUUAUAGGGCAGAUGUCCACUAAAUAAUCAUGGACUAUUGCUAUUUUGUCUUUUGCAAAAUAAUCUCAACAAUUAAAAAAGAGCUGCCUCCUUUUUUCUAA